AUGCGUAUCCCCGCAACGUCCAUCAUCGUCUGCCUCACGCAGCUGGCAGCUGCAACUGGUCCACACAUACUAGUACCCCAUCAUCGCCACUUCUGGGAUCCAUCCGUCCCGAAGCCUUGGUAUAAGAACUGCACGGAUACUCCGGCCAAUGUCACCCUGCAAGAUCAGGAGCUCUUACAGUGGAUGUCGGCAAACUUUGCAGAUUCCGAGACAACAGCCUACGUAUCUGUUCAGAUUUGGCCUCAGGACGGCAAGAAGAUAAUUGAUAUGGAAAAGUUUGCCUACGAACUUGAGUCCGCGACUUGCAUCGAGGCGUUCUCUUUACGUUUCAAGACUACGCCAGCUUUUCAAGACGCCAAGGCGGCUUGGGAGACGGUGAACAGUGAUGAACAGAACUCCUUCUUUCUAGUCGCCGAUACCGAGAAAUGCGCAACGGAUGAAAGAGCUCCAUGGAUGAUCACGCAUGCCACAUUCGACGAAGCAAAGCGCAUGACCAGUCUCCAGGCUAUCAAGAAAGAGUGGGCAGAAGUCAUCCAGUCGUACGUGAUCGAUUUUGGAAACGUUGACACCGCGCCCCAGAAACGGGCUGUGUUAGUCGACGAGUCCUUUACCGUUCCCUUGGAUUGGGCUUGGCCCAGUGAACUGCUGAAGGUAGACGACAACCCCUUUUUAAAAUUGAAGGCCGACUGUAUCGAAUGCGGCACCAAAGGGUCACUAGUGUUUGCUGCCCAUGUCGAGGGGGAUAUCAUCAAGGGCUUAACUCAGGCUCUCUUCUCUGCCACACCACGUGGCAUAGAGGGUAAUGUCAACAUCGAAGUGGAGUUCGAUGGCCAUUAUGAGUUCUUGGGAACCGAGGACUUCGCCAGCAGAUCUUUCGAACUCGGAAGAAUCCCGGUACCAAUCCUACUUGCCUCGCUCUCAGUACCCGGCUUUUUCACGUUUGGCCCGAAUGUAUUGGUUAAGGCGGGGUAUGAUUUGGAGUCCAUCAAAGGUCAGGCGAAGGUAUCGGCCGGCGCCACGGCCACAGUUCCACCUGGAUCAAUCCUAUCAGCCGAACUCAUCUCGAAGCAGGUCAAAUUCGACGGCUGGCUUCCCGAGUUUAAUGCCCAACCUCUAGAAUGCGAGGCUGAGAUAAAUGUCCAAGGACAUAUAUGGGCUGGCCUAGCACCCAGCAUUAAUAUCGUCAUCCUCGAAAAAGGGAUAAGCCUCGAUAUCGAAUUGAGAUUCCUGGAGCUCACAAUCAACGCUACUUCGGGAUCCGAUCCCUCAGGCUUCUGCCCGAACAAUCCAGCCCCAUUCGGAGUAAAUCUUGAUGUCUGGCUUGGAUCCAGUCUUACCAUCGAAGGCUGGGAAAGUUUGCGCGGCAGUCGUAACGAUCUCCUCAAUGUGGAAGUCUUCAAAAACGACACGCUGUAUCACCUACCACCUGUUUGCUUCGCAUUUGGUACAGCAAGCCCUGGGUCAUGCAAUGUUCUCCUCGAAGACGAGGAAGACCGAGUGUGGUGGGAGAACGAGAUCGCGAAUCCUGCCGAAUUCUUCCCGCGUGCCUCAAGAGACCCGUACUAUCUUUCAUGCGACAAGAACAGCAAGAGAUGGCCAAUACGGCUUGACGACUACCCGAGUGGUCCCAGUCUCAUAGAAGCUGGCAUUCCGAGCACUACGAGCGUUCCCAUACCGCCGAUCAUGUAUCCUCUUGUUCUAUGUGCCGAAGGUGACGAGACAACUUGCGCACCUUCGCAAUGGGCAGUAAAAGUUCUCAAAGCUAAGGAUGAAGGCGACCAAGCUCUCAUAAACACGAAGAACUGGGCUGCUGAACACGUCUACGAAGGCAACUGGGUCAGAGACUACUGGGGAAAACUCGCUGAAGAGGAGCACCUGAAAUCUUGCGACAAAGUCAACGCAAUCUUCGAGAUAAAGAACGACGACGGUUUUGCCAGUCGGAUGCUAUCGAACCUUGGCACCACCAAGACAUUCCUGGACUUGAUGACCCUUCUGCCUGAAAAGGAGAACCAUAUCAAGUACCUAAUGUUCGCCGGAAAGAACCUUGACGGCAAAUUCAAGGAGGCUAAGGACAGCGGCGGACUGCCCAACACGGCGAUAAAGCGUGCCUGUAGCCUCGGUCGCAUCGUCGGGGUAUGCCAAUACAUGAAGGCGCGAGAAACGAGAGACAGUCUGCUGGAAACAAUAAGGCGUCUGCACAGCAUUCUAGACGCGAUGGACGAUGAUCCCAAUGUAAUCGGCCAGACUCCCGCCGAAUUCAAAGGCUUCGCAUUGGCUCACGAGGAAUGGUUCAUCGGCUUCUACAAAAAUGGCAUCAAGAAUGCGCAGACGAGAUUACAGGACUAUGCUAACUGGAUGAUGACUAAGAGAAAGGCAGAGUAUGAAGCUUUGGGACGAGAUUUGCAGACUGCAAUUCGAGAGCUCGCCGAUGGCAGCCAGUGGGAGAAGUACUGUCCUGACGCCUUUGACUAUCCUGUUCAUGCGUAA